UAGAACACCCCCUUAAUUAACAGCGUUCAAGCAGGGCAGGUGAGAGUGUGGGUCUGGAGGGAGACCGACCACAGACCAGCCAAAAAGCUUCGGGCAUUGCUCUCUCCUUUGUCAUUGCUUGUCCAGAAGCCGAGACGGAAAGAGGCGAGUUUUGCGUGGACUCGGGCGGUGACAGACGCGACGCUUCCCCCUCUCUCUCUCUCUCUCUCUCUCUCUGCGUCUUCCCCGGCCGUCGCUCCCGUCCCGUCUCCCCCGGCCCACGCCCACCGCCACGCCCAGCCACUACACCGCAGGAGGCAGAGCACACGAUGUGCUGCUGCUCCCACCGUGGAACACGCGCGGCUCGGCUCCCGAGGCGCGGAGUUGUAAAUGCAAAGCAGCGACGCUCCCCCGGGCGGGUCCCGCCGUCAAAUCCGCCGCGGCCUGGGUCCCACGGCCGCCCUUGCGACCCUCGUCGCUCUCUCCACUUCCCCUUUUCGUAAUUCCUUCCGCGCUUUCCGAGUUUUUUUUUCCCCUUCUUCUCUGUGCUGCUCCGGCUCCGGCUUCCGCUCCCCCCCGCGCCGCAACCACCCGCGCCCCUCGCCUGUCGCCGGCGGAGCGCGCCGCUGGAGGAGGUGGAGAGGCCAAAGAUGGCUGCGGCCCCCGCCUUCCAGCCAUUCACCAUACGGGGGUUCGCGGCGGGGAUGCGGGCCGUGGACGCGUCCAAGUGCUGGCCUUUCGGCGGCGGCGGGAAUGGGGAGCCGUCGCUCCCGCCGAUGGAGCUGCCGAAGCGGUCGCGGUGGUGGGCGCACAAGCUGGCGGCGGAGCGGGCUCGGCUGGAAUCUCGCGCGACCGGUACAGAGGAUGCUGGAGGCGGCGUCGGGGGAGGAGAUGGUUCCGGGACGGGGACGAAGAGGAAGGGGUCCCUCGGGAGGGUCAGAGCUGAGAGGGCCAGGAAACGACGGCGAUCUCUCCAAUUUGGCCUCCUUGCGAAGCGUAAGGAGAAAACCUCAUCUUGUUUACUUCACUAUGUGUUACAUAAGCAACUGUUGAGAAAACACAAAGGUUCUACCUUGCGAGCACAGAGAGAACUCUCAGCAUGGAAUAAGUUUCAAAAUACAAAUGAUUGCAUGCCAACUCAUGGUAACAGUUUGAAUAAGCAGUAUAUCAGAGGAAUGGAUCCUUCUACUGGUACCCCUGUCAGGAAAAAGGCAGCAAACUCUUCUGCGAAUAAACAAAAUGUAAAGACCAGUGAGCCAACUAUUAAUCCUGUAAAUCCUGGCUGUGAAUCAGCGAAGAAUGUAACCCACCCUCCCAAGGAUGAUAUUUUUGGAGAUCUCCCUCUUUUGGAAAGUCCUAAAAUCAUGUUUCAUACCGCAGUUGAUGAACUCCCUACUGUAAUAGAAGAUUCUUUUGUAACAGAUCAAAGUGGAGCAGAUACCAUAUCAGAAAAUGUGUCCUUGAAACUAAUACCUUCUGACAUGCCAGUGCAGACAUCAUCCAACCUUGAAGACUUGGUGAAAAAGGAAGGAGCUCCUGCCAAAAAGUCAAUAUGCAUCUUACACAAUGAUGCAAAAAAGAGCCUACCCCCCUCUGCUGAUUUUGAUUGCCUAAAUCAAAGUAGUGUCAACAUGGUGAAAACAGGUCUCAGUGAUAGUCAGGUGAAAUCCAAUGAUGUUCCUGCCUUAAGUUCUUAUUCUAACGACGGUCUAAAGUCUGGUUCUAGCAACAGAGCCAACACUCAACAAGAUUUUUUCUGUAUGAAUACAAACUACUGUCAGGAAAUAAGAAAAUCCGCUACUUUUUCGGCUACAAGUUCAGUCACUGUAAGAACCAGAAUGGGAGCAUUUGAAAGUGACAGAGAUACGACAUUUAAUGGCAAGAAGAGCACCGGUACCUCUUGUGCAUUGGUUCCAACUAAGUGCCAUAUUUCAUCUGAAGGCAGUGUUUUGUCCUCAGCACUACCGCAGGGUUCUGCCAGUGCAGCAACCAGUGCGGAUGGCAUGUCUUCUUGCAAGAGAAUACCUUCCCAGGACAGUAUUCCCACUUCUGGUCUCAUUGGUAGCUUUGCAAGUAACCUGUGCCAUGAAGGUAGUAAAUCUGUUGAUACAUGCACACCGUUAUCAAAAGAGGACCAGGGUAGCUGGUACCCAAAACUUCACCCAGUUUGCACUCCAGCAAGCAUUGGUUCAGCUUUUAUGAAGCUACCUGGUCUUGAAAGGAUGGAGAUCUCAAGCUGCAACCUUGAAACAGGUGAUAACAGGUUUACCAAUGGGCGGCCAUCAAAUAUAAUAAGAUGCGAGAAACAGCAGGUGGUGAUUGGUGUGCCCAAUACAGUGCAAGGUCAGAGAAAAACUGGUUUCAGUGAUUCUCAAGUUCGGGAAAAAAAUUUAAAUGGUUAUUUACGGCAAGAUGUUUAUCAUCCGCGCCAACCCACAGUGCGCUUGAUGGGCAAGACUGUCUCACUUUGUGAGAGUAGCAAGGAGCACAGGGUGUCAACUAUGGGUAAAGUGUGGAUUGACAAUACCAUUAUUGAAGACCACCCACCAUCAGCUUCAUGCCAUUUUCCUCAAAAGAGAUUGUUUCCUUGUCCGGAUUCUGUGACACCAAGUGCUCAUGUCAAUGAAUCUCUAGAUAUCUUACAGAGGAUUCCCAGUGCUACUCUACAAGAGGCAAGGGGUACUAUGGGUAAUGUUCAAAACCAUAGGCUACAACCAAUAAAUAGUGCUUCUUCAACUGCUAGAGAUUGCAUUUGGAACUCUGGCAGCCAAUCUAUUCGUCAAGCUGAAGUAAAAAAGGCGACCACUGUUGAUGUCAACUCCAGGGCCAGGCAUAUGGACCUACAUCAACCGCCACAGCCACAGGUGGUAUGCACAUCCCAGAAUCAGCACUGUCGGUUAAGCACUCCUGCAUCAAUCUUACAAGGAAAAUAUUGCAAUUUGUUGGGUCCAGCAGUAACUCAAUCUUCUUCCUUUACACAAUGGGUUCUAAAUACGGGCAUUCAGGAAAAGUACCAGAAAUCCACUUUGUUUUCUUAUGAUGAUCCUAGCACUUCUCCUAUUUACCAGUCAUGCCAGGUACCUGGAGCAAAGUUGUCUUCCACAUCAAUCAUAUCUUUUCUAGACUGUGCUACUGAUAAUGCUGAGUUUAGUAGAUCCCUACCACAUGCAUACCCUUCUCUUGCUUCUAGUUUUCCAAUUAAUUUUGUUUCAACCGUUAGCCCUACAUGUACCAUCAAACCUACAAACACAGGUUGCAUAAAGGGUGCUGUUUUCGCCAAUCAAAGAAACAAGAGACCAGCUUACAUCAAUAGUGUUGCACGUGAACCUGCAAAGAAACUUAUGGUGAACAAAGAGGACUUAACGGCACCACUGUUUGGAGACAUGAAACGGCAUUCACUUGGCUGGUCACUGGAUGAUGCAAUUGGUCCUCGGAUACUUGAUUUUGGUAGUAAAGUAGCAGGACAUGGUUUGGAAAUGGCAAUAAACGAAAGUAAUAAUGUGAGGGCCAGUUCAGGUCCAGUUCCUGUUCUUGAAACAAGGUCGAUUACUGGAAGGCUGCCAACAGGAGCUAAAGCCAUGUUGAUGCCAGAUCAAACUCUUAGUGAUCACUCCAAGCUGUUAUAUUCCACUAAAUUUUCAGUUGAUAACAGUAUAAAUUCAGCUGCAUUAUAGUGGAAAGCAAGAAACAAACUGCCAAGUGUUCUCGUUUCAGCUUCAGUUGUGGAGUUUUUGGUGUAUGAAUAGUCGCAAGGAUACUGCCAGCGGAAGAUAUUGUAACAAAUCUUCGACAUUAAAAAACGUGCAAUUUUAGCUAUUACCGGAGUACUUCUAUUCUUGUAACUUCUCCUAUCAAACUUGGAGAAUACUUGAUAUGAUAUCAAAUAUACUUAUAUACUAUCAUGCCAUAUCUGA